AGAGGACCUGCCCUCUGGGGGCCAACAGGACUACUCUCUAUGUACAGGGUGGAGCUGCACUGCACAAACUGGCAACACAGGGGGGAGGCAUCAGCAAUGUGGCGUCUAUACUUCACACUUGCAGCACUGACCUGGUGUGUGGACUCAGUCGGCGGGUUCAGUAACGGGAAGGUGGGUGUAGCCUGUGGAGACAUGGAACCUCAACAUGGUCAUGAGCCCAGAUCAGACCCUCCUCCAUACACGGUCAGUGUGGACAAAUCCACGUUCAGUCCUGGUGAAAACAUCACAGUUUCUUUGCAAGUGGCCUCCUCUGACCCAACGUUCUUCAAGGGGUUCCUGAUGGAAGCACGGGAUGCUGGGAAAUUGGACUUCCCAGCGAUAGGAUUCUUCAUCCUGACGGACCCUCAUCAGUCCCAGCUGUUACAGUGUGGCCACACUCAGGGAUCUGGGGUGAGCCACAAGAGAAACACAAAAAAGACCCAGGUCCUGGCAGUUUGGGAGUCACCAGAGAAGCCUCCACAAAGAGUCCAGUUUCUUGUGACAGUGGUACAUGACUAUAAGGUUUACUGGGUGAAGAUUGCAGGUCCUGUGGUGUCACUGAGAGGAAUGACUGCUGCUCCAACCACAGCAUUAUCUCCUCAAACCACCAGCCCUACUGCUCUGUCCACACAGUUUAGUUCAGUGGGGUGUGGCCACAGUAAAUCUUGCCUCAGAGACCCAGUGGGCUGCGACCCAGAGUCAGAUCCCCACUGUUUCUUCCUGUCGUUUACCACUGAUGAAGCAGGACGGAGUGUGAUGUUUGAACUUAGUGGGCCUACUGAGGGUUACAUGUCCUUUGCCCUGUCCCACGAUAAAUGGAUGGGGAAUGAUGACAUCUAUCUCUGCGAGAAUGACAGAGGCAGUGUAACCAUCAGUGCUGGAUAUGUCUCUGGACGAACUCACCCUGAGCUGGCAACAGAGGAGGCUCUGUGGGGGCAGGCCUGGAGACUGGUCGAGGGAGUCAUCCAGUGUCGUUUCCACAGAAGCAUCCACCUACAUAACAGAUUCAACUUAAACCAGAGCUACUUCCUGUUUCUGGCACAUGGUAGAUCUCACCAUGGUUUGAUCUACAAACACCAUCAUCAACCUCUCAUCUCCACCAUGCAGAAGGUGAUUACUGGACUUCCGGAGGUUCUCAGUGGCUCGCGCUCCCCCCUGCUAAUCAAGUUCCAUGGUGUGUUCAUGCUGACCGUCUGGAUGUGGAUAGUGAGCACAGCCGCCCUCAUUGCUCGCCACUACAAAGACUUUUGGCCCGACACAACAGUGCUGGGACGACGGCUCUGGUUUCAGCUCCAUCGAACCAUGAUGGUCUUGGCUGUCGUCCUAACUAGUGCAGCCUUCACUCUGCCUUUCAUAUACAGGAGGGGAUGGAGUAAGGGUGCAGGCUCUCACCCUUACAUAGGCUGCAGCGUCAUGGCUCUGUCUAUCAUCCAACCAAUAAUGGCAAUUCUCCGACCAGUUCCAGAGUCCCCUAGGAGGAUCAUUUUCAGAUGGCUUCACUUUGGAGCAGGCACUGCUGCCCAGAUACUUGCCACAGUGUGUGUAUUCCUUGGUGCUGCUCAGCAGGCGCUGCUGUUACCCAGUCCCUGGUCUCCUGCGUUGCUAACUGGAUGGCUGCUGUGGAUCAUGAUGGUAGACCUGCUGCUGCUAAUCCACCAGUGCAGGCUCAGAGGCAACAGCAGCUGUGAUGAUAAAGAGAAUAUUUCAUUUGCUCAGCUUGACACAUUGCAGCAUGGAGAGAUUUCCAAAGAAAAGAAGAUGGUUUUAGUUGUGUUCCUGAUAGGAAAUACUGGGUGUCUGGCUGCAUUUAUAAAAACUAUUGCAAUUUUAUAAUUAUUGGACAAAUGAUCGCCCUACAGGCUAUGUUGUAAUUGUUGUGUGAUUAAGUGUUAUUAAGUCAUGGCUUUAUUGAUGUUUUUGGUAUUGAUAUUUGAUAGUUGGGUGAAAAUAAUUAACUUGUCGAAUCUUGUGUAUCAUCACAGUAGCCCAAACUGUUCUUAAACUAUGUAACAGUGAUUCUAUCAUUAAAACAAUUUCACUCAUGCAUUAAUUAAUAGUUUCUCGUAAAGCAGGAGAUUCUGCAUCUACUUUUGUUAUUAUGAUGUGUCAGUGAUGACAUGUAACAGCUGUUGUUCACCCUGACAAGCGCUAAAGAACGUGAUAGU